UUAGUUGUAGAUUGUGGCUAUCCAGAGGCUCCAAGGAAUGGGUCAGUGUCAGUCUCCCUCACGACCUUCUCCUCUGAGGCUAACAUCACCUGUGAUGAAGGAUACGCUCUCAUUGGAGGGGAAACAAGAACCUGCACAGGGAGUGGCACCUGGUCCAAUCCUGACGUGGAAUGCAGACUACUAUCUGGUCUCUCCAUUGUAGUAUCUACAGUGUUGCCGUACAUUACCCUUGGUGUAACAGAAGGUGUUGAUACAAACUCAGUUUCAUUUGAUGAGUAUGUCUCUCAGCUAAUUAGUGUGGAAUUUCCAUUGGGAUUACAAGUACAAUCCACCGUUCAGGUUGGAGUGGAUGGUGCUUUUUCAUUUGAUGGAGGGUCUUUCUCUAGUUGCUCCAUACUUCUUAAGUGCCAUUUGUCUGUCUUGUGGAGGUCAGGUUUACUUCGAGGUUCACAAUAGCAAUACCUCUAUGUCACUCAUUUCGAAAGUCAAUGACCUCGUUAACCAACAUCUACAAACAAACUUUGAGGGACAAUGGCUUCUAGCCUCUAUGUGGGAAGACAUUAGACCCUAUCCCUAUGUCGAAAAUUCCACAAACACAUUUCAGGGGAUAUUGGUCACAGAUUUUGAGAGGUCAUAUGCUGUGUUUACCUACUACUGUGGAGACCUAGAUUUUUCUGGAGAUUUCAUUGGAUUUGUUACUGGUGAUGGGAUAUCUGUUGUUCAUGAGGCCUCCCUUAGUGGAACCGCCCAGUCUAUUGCCUGUCUCAAUGUUCCCCAACAGUCCGUGGGUGAAUGUAGUUUAUGGCAUCAGUGGCUCAGCAAUCGAGUGUGGUGAACCCAGAAAGUACAGCAAAUGGAGUCAUUAGUGUGUCUACAACGACAUUCAGUUCUAUUGCCUCUUAUAACUGUCACGAAGGAUACACUCUUAUUGGAGAACAUAACAGAACAUGUCUCAGUACAGGAGUCUGGUCUGGUAGUACACCACACUGCACUUUGGUACCACAUGUUACCGAUAUAUCGGGUGAUAUAGUGGCGAGUAGGGGACAGACUAUAACACUGAGAUGUGGUGGAAGUGGAGAUCGUUCCAUUAAAUGUAUCAUGGCUGACUCCAUCUGGUCAGGUACACACAAGCAUUAUUGAAAAUGACGAAAGGCAGAGAUUUAUGCCGUGUUCCUCAUGGGUGGCUGAGACAUUCGCUAUCACAGUUACCAGUGCUGCUGAUGGAGGUAGUUACACAUGCAAAGCUGAAAAUGAAGGAGGCAGUGUGAAUGCCUCAGUAGUGGUAUAUGUAACUCCAUACUUUACCACUGAACCAGGUGAUAUAUUCACAACUAAUGGAAGUAUUGAGAUUGCCACCUGCAGGGCUGAAGCCUUUCCUCCACUUGACCUUAGGUGGGUGGCUACAAACACAACAAACUUCAGAAGUGGUUCGGAUGGUGGCUCAGGAGAUGACGGAAGUGGUUUUGAGAGUCCUGGACCACUUGUGUAUUACGAUGAAUACCUAACUGACAAUGAAAGCCUUUUAUUUGAUCCAGUGCUAUUUGGCGAUGAAAGAUUUUUGUACUGGUGUAUUGCUUCCAAUGACUAUGGGGAGGUUUAUGCCUCUAUGAAUAUUGUUGUAUCACCCUAUGGCAGUGUCAAAGUGUCACCUUACAAUGCUGUAUUCAACAAUGGAGACUCAGUCAACCUAACAUGUCUGGCAGAUGGAGGACCUGGGAACACUUACCAGUGGACCUUCAAUGGAAGUCUACUAGAGAAUGAGCAGAAUAAUCAGUUAAUGCUAUCUUUCGUUAAUGCAACUGAAGAUGGUGGAUAUUUUACCUGUAUAGUUUUUAACCAAGCUGGCAAUGGUUCUGAUUCUACCGCUGUUUUUGUAUACCCCGUUAUUACGUAUCAUCCCUCUGAUAUCUUAGUGACAAAUGUUCGUACUUACACUCAUCUUCAGUGUGAAGCUACUUCAUUUCCCAAUCCUGAGUUUCAAUGGUUUAAGGGUAGUGGCGAUAUCCCAUAUGCCUAUGUUUAUUUUUAUCUUAACGAACUUCAUAUUGAUGUAUACUAUUAUUUUCAUUACUACCAAGUUUGUGUGUUUGGAGAUCAGGAUUAUUACUAUUAUCAUUAUUAUUGUGAUUAUUACUAUAUUGGCUAUCAACCACCUUAUGGAGACUAUUACUGCUCUGCAACAUCAAAUAAUGUGACAGUAGUAUCUCAAACAGCAACUGUGUAUAUAAUUCCAUUUCUAGUUAAAGUGACUGUAAGUCCUGAAAAGGAAGUGUAUGAAGAAGGUGAUGUUCUUUACCUAAACUGCACACAUGGUGGAGGACCUGACAAUGAAUACCAGUGGCUGUUCAAUGAUCAGGAAGUGGAAACCGAAGAUGGUCCAUAUCUGACUAUUACAUUAUCUAAUGAAGACAGAGGUCAUUACACAUGUAAUGUCACUAAUCCAGCUGGAAAUGACAGUGGCUCUGUGGUUAUUGACACAAAACCAGUCAUUGAAGUUUCACCAAAAGACACUUAUUCUUCUGUUGGUGGGGUAGUCAGAUUCACCUGUAAGGCUGGAGGCUUGCCUACCCCUUACUACUUAUGGACAAAGACAGAUAACAAUCUUCCCAGAAAUAGCUACAUUGUAACAAAUGGAGAUGGUUCAUCAACACUGACAAUUUUCUCAGUAAUGUUGGAGGAUUAUGGAGAAUACAACUGCAUUGCUGUUAGUGGUGAUAGUGUUCAAGUCUCUGCUCUUCUGAUUGUUACAACUGCCUACAUAAUGCUUGGUGUAACAGAAGGAGUUGAUACUUAUCCGGUUUCUUUUAAUAAUGACAGUCUCUCUGGCCCAAUCAAUGUGACAUUUCCCUUUGGUUUCCAUCAAGAAAACUAUACAUACGUUGGGGGUAAUGGUUACUUUGCAUUUGACUAUUACGCUCCCCAGGAGCCACUAAUCUUUGACGAUGCCACCAACUUAUCGCUAGUGGCUCCGUUCUUUACUACUGCCAAUCAAGGAGGUCAAAGGCAAAUCGACUAUGAGAUCCACACUACUAAUACGUCGAGCUCCAUUUUCUCUCAAAUUAAUACAUUGGUCAACCAAUAUCAGCAUGCAAAUUUUUCAGGAGAAUGGCUGAUCGUUGCCUCGUGGGAAGACUACUAUUAUGCCAAUUUUACAAACACCUUUCAAGGGGUACUUGUAACAGAUUUUGAAAGGUCCUAUGCCAUAUACACCUACUUUUGUGGAGAUUUAGGAUUUUCUGGCAAUGUUACAAUUGGGUUUGCCACUGGUGAUGGUAUGUUUGCCAAUCAUGAGAGCUCACUCAGUGGGAAUGCGCAGUCCAUUGCCUGUCUGAACAUUCCU